AUGGAGCCGUUAGCCCUCCCUCCCCCGCCCUCCCCCGCACCGCCGACGACGACCCCCCACCCCCCACCCAGAUCCGCCGCCGUCAGCCACCAGAUCCGCUCUCCCACGACCGGAUCUCCCUCCCCCAACCCCUCCCUAAACCCCCCACCGUCCGGCGGCGCUCGCGCGGCGCCCGAAGCGCUCAGGACCGCUGUUCCACCCCUCCACUCUGUCGUAGUGGGGUCGAUUCGGAUCCAGCUGGAGGAGGACUCCGCCCACGCCAGGACAUCCUCCUCGCGUCGCGUUUCCUUCUCCUCUGGCUACAGAGUCAGCCUCCCCCCCCACCGUCGCCAUUACUCCCCACCACCAAAGCGCCACAAUCCCAGGCCCUGCUGCAGAUCUGCCACCACAGCUGCUCCCGGAAGCGGAUCCGCCAUCAAAUCGGCCAGCGCAAUCUCAGGUACAAACAUUGAUGAGCUGGUUCCUUCCCAAUGCCGCAGGGACACGACAGCCAACUGCUCCGAUGGACUGGACGAGAAGGGAUGGUCCACGGUCCGCCCCAAGUACUGGUGGCGCCGCGGCGAAUUUACUCCGCAUCGACGACGGCCUACACCUUGUGCGCACCACCUGCCCAUGGCAAGGACGCUGCAAGGUAAGUGCCUUCGCUGCCUGGGUAAAGGUCAUUCUGCUGCGUCCUGCAGGGAGCCGGUGAGGUGCAUCAAUUGCGGCCGCUUCGGCCAUGAAGCACAAACCUGCAGAUCGCCCAUUCUGCGCCGCGCUCAGCACUACCGCCCCCUGCCCCCCAACAACCGGCCGCCCAAGCCAUCUCCAACACCUCCCCCCCACGCCAAGCGCUUGUCUGAAGCCAUGGCGCAGCUGGGCGACCCGGAGUACCGCCCCCAGGAGACAUCAGCGGUGGCAGCGACAAACGGGACCAUGGAUGAAGCAUCGGCUCACUUCUCCGCACAUGCUAUCGUGGCAUGUCGUUUCCAGGACCGCGACGACAUCGGCGCCGACCAAGUCAAGAGAGCAAUCUGCUCCCGGUUGGGGGUCCGCGACGCCGACGUCAAGGUGGCGCGCCACAAGCCUGAAGACUUCCUCAUCGUCUUCCGACACCCGCACCACAGGGAGGCAGCGCUUCAUAGGCGCAGCCUAUCUGUCGGCAGCGGCCAAAUCAAGCUGCUUCCAUGGAGGACCCUCCCCUACGGCGAUCACUGCGACCUCAGGUACCACGUGCGCCUCUGCUUGGAAGGCAUCCCCAUCCACGCGUGGAACAAAAGCAUCGCCAAGAGGGCAGUGGCGAGAUCGUGCGACCUGGACUACGUCGAGCACCGUUCGCUGCGCCGUGAAGACAUGGCGCUGUGCCCGGAUGACACCAGGGCCCUCUGCUUGUGGGCAUGGACCUACAACCCCUCCGACAUCCCCAAGGUAACAUGGCUGACUUUGACAGGCAACGCAGUGGCAGCCCACGACGCUCCGGUUCCACCAAGAGGGCGACGAGGCCUCACCUUCCGGGUCCUCGUGCACCUAGACCUCAUCGAGUCACCGCCAGAUGACUUCGGCCAAACCUCGACCCGCGAGCUCACAUGGCGGUACGGUGUCGUGGAUGGGGAGCGUGAGCCUCGGCCGCGUCACGCCUCCCCUGCUCCAGCACCCAGGGCCAGCCGCCGAGACAACGAUAAUGAUGAAGACCGCGGGAGGCGCAGCGACAAGGGACACAACUGGGGAGCCAGGCUCUUCAGGAGCUUGUCUCGAGCCCCGACAAGGGAGCGCGAACGGGAGCGCUCGCGGUCAAGACACGGGCGCCACCAAGGCCGCCAGACCUACGACGACCGCAAGCGCCACCAAGCAGUCAACACCGUCGACGACUGCAAGAGCCACCAAGCAGUAAACACCAUCAACAUCGUUGUGGCUGGGCAAGCCACAGAGCUGCGUGGACGUACCCGGGAGAGAACCUCCUGCCACCGCAGAAGCAGAACACGGCGCUCCCCUGCACGCCGCCAAUCCAAAGAGGCUUCCAAUGAACCGCCUCCACGCUGCAACCAAAGGGACAUCCAGACGCACAGGGAGGAGGCCUCGGCGUUGGCCCCGCUUCAGCAUGCCACAACAGGGAGACGCUCCCCAGGUCGACUUCCUCUCCGUUUCAGGCCAGGCGUCGUCUAUGUCAGGCGACGGCGCAACACAGCAACACAACAGCAACCGGCUGCAGCGCAACAACCGGCCAACAACGAUGUUGUGGCCACGUUCGCCCAGGCUGUGUCGCGCCCCGUCCAGGCACCGCUGCUCCGACCACCUCCAGGCUCCAACAGCAGGGCGCGCUGCACAAGGAAGCCUGCGACGUCCACUCGUAGAAGCCUUCGCAUUGCAGCGAAGGACUGGCCAAAAGGAGAUGCGCAGGCCAAGGCCAGACAGAUCCUCAUGAAGAAAUUGGGGGUCCCUGAAGACGACGCCGUUUCUCCGGAUGACCGCUUCCUGCAAUACCUCAACAUGUACCAGGGCCCCCUCUCCGCCGAAGCGAUCAAGGCGAUGACAGCACUGUGUGGCCUCCAUGAGGCGCCCGCCAUCGACAUCGACCAGCUCUAAGCACCUGCUGUCCCGCGUCGGGUCCCGGCUUUCUUUUCAUGUCAGUUUGAAGAAAUUGUACCAGUCUGCUAGUCAAGUGUAGCGUCAGUCUGCCAUCCCUUUGGAUGCCAAUGGUAGAAGCCAGGGGCCUUCCUCUACCAUUGCAUUCAAGGGAUUUGCAACCUGUUGUUCAGUGUUCUGGAUUCUGCUCCCCCUUCUACCUGCACUUCCAACAGGCAGCCAUCGGCCUUCAGCUUCGCCUCACUGGGAGUCGCUUCUGCAUGUUAAAUGUUUCAACUCUUCCUUCCUAGAAUUUUAAUUCAA